AUGAGAAGACAAAGAAAUGAAGUCGUUGUGGAGUUGAGAAAGAACAAAAGAGAUGAGCAUCUUCUAAAGAAGAGAAAUGUUCCUCAUGAAGAUAUUUGUGAAGAUUCUGAUAUUGAUGGUGACUUUAGAGUGCAAAACACUUCUUUGGAGGCAAUAGUACAGAAUGCUUCGAGUGACAACCAGGGUAUACAAUUGAGCGCUGUGCAGGCUGCAAGAAAGCUGCUUUCCAGUGAUCGCAAUCCACCAAUUGACGAUCUAAUAAAAUCAGGAAUAUUACCUAUUUUAGUGCAUUGUCUUGAAAGAGAUGACAAUCCUUCUUUACAGUUUGAAGCUGCCUGGGCUUUGACAAACAUUGCCUCUGGAACCUCUGAACAAACACAGGCUGUAGUUCAAUCUAAUGCUGUGCCACUUUUUCUGAGACUGCUCCAUUCACCACAUCAAAAUGUUUGUGAACAAGCUGUGUGGGCUUUAGGAAAUAUCAUAGGUGAUGGACCCCAGUGUAGAGAUUACGUUAUUAGUCUUGGAGUAGUGAAACCACUGCUGUCCUUCAUCAGCCCAUCUAUUCCCAUAACUUUCUUAAGAAAUGUUACAUGGGUCAUGGUCAACUUGUGCCGCCACAAAGAUCCUCCUCCGCCAAUGGAAACUAUUCAGGAGAUCCUUCCAGCGCUCUGUGUUUUAAUUCACCACACAGAUGUAAAUAUAUUGGUAGACACAGUCUGGGCACUCUCAUAUCUAACGGAUGCUGGCAAUGAACAGAUCCAGAUGGUGAUUGACUCUGGAAUAGUCCUUCAUUUGGUUCCUCUUCUCAGUCAUCAAGAAGUCAAAGUGCAAACUGCUGCGCUGAGAGCUGUGGGAAACAUUGUCACUGGUACUGAUGAACAGACACAGGUAGUUCUGAAUUGUGAAGCUCUUUCACAUUUUCCAGCACUUCUGACACAUCCCAAAGAAAAAAUUAAUAAGGAAGCAGUGUGGUUCCUAUCUAACAUCACUGCAGGAAAUCAGCAGCAAGUUCAGGCAGUGAUAGAUGCAAACCUUGUUCCAAUGAUAAUACAUCUUCUAGAUAAGGGUGACUUUGGUACUCAGAAAGAAGCUGCUUGGGCAAUAAGCAACUUAACAAUCAGCGGAAGAAAAGACCAAGUGGCAUACUUAAUUCAACAAAAUGUUAUUCCUCCCUUUUGCAAUUUGCUGACAGUAAAAGAUGCGCAAGUUGUGCAAGUGGUUCUGGAUGGACUAAGUAAUAUAUUAAAAAUGGCUGAAGAUGAAGCAGAAACCAUAGCCAAUCUUAUAGAAGAGUGUGGAG